AUGGACGACAUCAUUGGUACGCCGAUCGAAAUAGAAACAACCUACAGAAAAUCGACUCGUUUUGAGAGAAUUGAUCGAUCGGAUCCCCGGUGGGAGGGCUACAGGAAGGUACGAACCGUCGUUUUUGUCGAAGAGCAAGGUGUUGCGCUGAAUGAGGAAUUCGAUGCACAGGACAGCGAUGAAAUUACGCAACACUUUGUCUUGGAAGUGAUCGAGAAAGGAACGGAUUUCCACAAUCAACAAGUUGUCGGCGUGCUUCGAUUUCAGCUUUGUGGCACCUACGUGAAGUUGGAACGUGUAGCACUGCUGAAGGAAUUCCGUGGAGGCGUUCUAGGACAAUGUUUAGUGAAUGAGGGAGUAAAUUAUUUUCUGAAAAAUUUCCAAGGGAAAAUUCUUGUCGCUCACGCUCAAACGGCUAAGUUGCGAUUCUACGAACGACUCGGAUUCAUACCGAUUUCCCUAGAAUUUUUCGAAAAGCUUAACGAUGUCGUGAUUCCGCAUAAGACGAUGGUUUUGCCGGCAUUUGGAAAUUCAACAAUGUCGAUACAUUUUGUUCAGCAUUCGGAGUAUGAGGGGGAUUGCUUUGAUCAGAAAACGGUUGCUCGAAUCGAGAGAGUGCUGGGAUCAAUUUCAUUUAUUCCAUUGUGUGCUUUAGCUCAACGAAUACCGGACGGAUGUGGAUUAGAAAGGAAUAAACUUAUUCAGCUUGCUUUUCAAAUGCAAAAUCAUCUUCUAAAGCAAUCUGGACUCUUGAAAGACAUAAACUAUCCCAACGAAGAUAUCAUCGAAAACCAAUCAGUUUCAACGGAACUGGAAAAUUUAUCAAAGUCUGGCUGGAAAAUGUUAAACAUUGGGUUCUACUCGUCAGUGCCAGAAUGUUGGAGAAUAUUUUAUACGAUUACAAAAUUUUGCGACGGUGUUUGGAAAGCUUUUGUGGAAAGUGAUUAUGAAACAGCUUUACGGGCAAUCGAUGAUGGCCUUUUGAUGGGAAGACGAGAGAAUUUACCUUAUGAAGGCCUACUGUUAACAAAGAUUGCAGAUCAUAUACACAAUCGCUUGCAAAGGCUAGAGUUGAGAUGGGAUUCUCUAAGAAACAACAACGUUGAAGCACCAAAGGAGAGAACAUUUGUGAAACCGUGGUGGAAUAUUAAGGAAAUGCCUAAAUUUGAAUUGUCUUCAGUGCUGCAAUGCUUGGACUCGGGAAUGCCUUGUGUUAUUCGAAAGUUUGCAAAGAAUAUGACUGCAUUUGAGAAAUGGAGUUUCUCAUAUCUGUCGUCGAUUGCUGGAGGAAGGACAGUACCGGUAGAAAUCGGAAGUCGCUAUGAUGAUGAGGAUUGGAGUCAAACCCUGAUGACUAUUGACGAAUUUUUGGAGGAUUUUGUGUUGUCAUCCGAUCAACUACUCCCAGGGUACUUGGCUCAACAUCGACUCUUCACACAAAUCCCACAGUUGUUUGAUGAUAUCGAUACAAAAGAAGUGGAAAUGAUAGGAAAAGACAUUGAUUGGAAUGUCUGGUUUGGGCCGGCUGGAACGAUUUCUUCAUUUCACCACGAUCCACGUGAUAAUCUCUUCAUUCAAAUUGUCGGCAGCAAAUUCCUUCGAUUAGCCCAUCCAUCGGACACCAAUAAGCUUUAUCCGAGGGACGAUAUUCUUAAGAAUACGAGUCAAAUAGAUGGAGAGAAUCCAGAUUUGAAUUCUUAUCCACUAUUCUCCGAAGCGCAAACAGUUGAUGUCAUUGUGAAUCCAGGAGAUGCCGUUUUAAUUCCAAAAUCUUAUUGGCAUUUUGUGAAAUCUCUUACUCCAUCAAUGUCUGUCUCGGCUUGGUUUGAUCCGCUUGAU